AUGGCAUGCACAACCCUGUUCGGAGUUUUCCUGCUGGCAUCCUUCGUCGCCCUCGGUCUCGGCGUCAGCGUGACGUUGGAAGCAGAGGCGUUUGCUGGUAAACUGGAAGCCAACAGAACCAUAUUCAGGUCGGAAGCCAGUAAUGUCAGGAAUGUCCUUCUCUACAUGGAUGAAAGCAUUGAUAUGACCUUCUGUUUGGGUUCAGAUGAUACUAUCCUGAUUGAGAACAUCUACUAUUCCAACGACGGCAGCGAGGACCUCUUCGUUCUGGAACUUGACGGCAAAAUUAUCGCAGACGUCUCAGGUACCACAGGCACCGACUUCGGCAACAAAUGGAAUACCAUUUCCGAGACAGGAAGGGUCGGCGAGAAGAUGUCUGUGGGUAGCGGGGAGCAUACACUGAGGGUCCUCGUUGACGCCCAGGAUAGAAGCAAGGACGAUGGUUACGGCGCUGAGCUCGACCGCGUUGUCCUGGACGUCGCGAACAACAGCGAUCUGUCAUGUCCCGAAACCACUACCACAAGUACCGACAAUGAGACCACAGUCACCGAGGAGACAUCGACGACAUAUGUGGAAGAGUCUUCGACGACGUAUGCCGAGGAGACUACAGAGGCUGAGACGACAAUCCCGUGUGAGGGCGACGACUGUUAAGCGGCACAGCGUUCAUCAGAGAACAGCAGAAAUGCCUUGCACUGUGACGUAAAUGGUGCGACAUCCUGACGUAUCAUGACGGCUACCAACAGGCACUCCGGAACAUCACCAGAAACUUGAUUGAGUUCGCCUCCGUUAUUCACAGACCAAUGUAACAUUGGUGUGAGUUCGAAGGACAUGGUUUCAAAUAAACAUCAACAUAAAAUGUUUUUGCUUUUA